CAUUUCUCCAGCCAGGUCAACAAGCUGGCCUGGGACCUCGAGGGCCACAUGAGCUUGAUGAACCUGGUGGAGGAGAAGCCCAGCGAGGACCUGACCCCCCAGAUCCGGUGCAGCGACAACUGCGACCCAGCCAAGCUGGGCUCUGACCAGAGCUGCCUGCGCCGGAUCCGCAAGGCCCUGCAGCAUUACCAGGCGCUGCUGGGCUCCGACGUCUUCGCCGAGCUGGGGGGCCCCGACACCAGCCCCAUGGCCACACUACAGGGCGCCCUGGCCCAGCUGACCAGCCUCGUCCAGGAUGGCAGCUUCGCCGAGGGGUCAGGGACCCCGCCGCAGCAGAGCCAGCCCUGGGAACGGCCCCUGCUCCGGCGCCGCAUCCUCCACCAGCUCCGCUCCUUCUCAGCCGUGAUGGCACGGGUCUUCGCCCACAGCGCGGCCACCCACUAGGCUGGGGGGAGCAUUUACC